AUGGCGGAAGCCGCGGGCGCCAGCGGAGAGGCGAUGGCGGCAAUGGCGGUGGCGGAGGGUUCCGCCGCCUCGGCGGGCUUGCCUCUGGGUCGCAGCUUCGCCAGCUACCGGCCCUUCGAACCCCAGUCGCUGGGCCUGAACCCGAGCUGGCGUCUGACCGGCUUCUCGGGCAUGAAGGGCUGAGGCUGCAAGGUCCCCCAGGAGACUCUGCUCAAACUCCUGGCGGGACUGACGCGGCCCCCGCUGGGCCGGGGCCCGGCCGGAGGCCAUGAGGACGCAGCCCAGGAAGCCGGCAUGGCUGGCGGGGCGGACCCCGGCCCAGCGGCGCCCGUCCUGGGCAUCGGGUUGGACUCCUGUGUUAUCCCGUUGAGGCACGGAGGCCUGUCACUAGUGCAGACGACAGACUUCUUUUACCCCCUGGUGGACGAUCCCUACAUGAUGGGGCGCAUAGCCUGUGCCAACGUGCUCAGUGACCUUUACGCCAUGGGCAUUACCGAAUGUGACAACAUGUUGAUGUUACUUAGUGUCAGCCAGUCCAUGACCGAGGAGGAGCGAGAGAAGAUAACGCCACUCAUGAUCAAGGGCUUCCGCGAUGCUGCCGAGGAAGGGGGCACCGCGGUGACCGGUGGGCAGACGGUGGUGAACCCCUGGAUUAUCAUCGGUGGGGUUGCCACCGUGGUGUGUCAGCCCAAUGAGUUCAUACUGCCUGACAGCGCAGUGGUGGGGGACGUACUGGUGUUAACCAAACCCUUAGGAACCCAGGUGGCUGUCAAUGCCCACCAGUGGCUGGAUAACCCUGAACGAUGGAGUAAGAUAAAGAUGGUGGUGUCUCGGGACGAGGUGGAGCUGGCCUAUCAAGAAGCCAUGUUCAACAUGGCCACCCUCAACAGGACGGCCGCAGGGCUGAUGCACACCUUUAAUGCCCAUGCGGCCACAGACAUCACCGGCUUUGGCAUUCUGGGACACUCUCAGAACCUUGCAAAACAGCAGCGAAACGAAGUGUCCUUCGUCAUUCACAAUCUGCCCAUCAUCGCCAAGAUGGCAGCCAUCAGCAAGGCCAGCGGGAGGUUUGGGCUCCUUCAGGGCACUUCUGCUGAAACCUCUGGCGGACUCCUGAUUUGCCUGCCCAGGGAACAGGCAGCUCGUUUUUGUUCCGAGAUCAAAUCCUCCAAGUACGGAGAAGGGCAUCAAGCCUGGAUCGUGGGCAUUGUGGAAAAGGGAAACCGCACGGCCCGGAUCAUUGACAAGCCUCGAGUUAUUGAGGUCCUACCUCGAGGGGCCACUGUGACUUCUCUUGUCCCUGACAACUUCUGUGCCUCCUCCGAGCCUCCCUUGUGA